CUUGCCCCACCCAUUUACCACACCCCUUACGAUGGCGUUGUGAGAAGAAGAUUGUAAGGUCAGAGGGCCCCGGAAAAUUUCAUUUCAAAACCUUAGGUUUCCCACCAUUUCUUUCGCCACAUUUUUACAGUUGUUUCAUUCCUGCCUUCCCUUCGUCUUUCUAGGGUUUUGCAGAGAGAGGGGGCAUCCAUGUCGGGCUGACGGUGCAUGGUUUGGUGGCUCUCCGCCUCUCUCUCCAAAAUGACGUCCAAAAUCAGCAGCUCCAAUUCUGGAUCCAGGCCUUCCUCGCGCGUCGGUGCUGCCAAGGACGUUCAACUCAAUAGAGAUGGGGCCUUGAAGCACAUCCAUAGUUAGCUCUAGGAGUUUUGGCUUGUGACUGCAAAAGAGGUUAGGUUGCUUCCUUCCCUGAAACUAUGGUAGCCCUUUCAAGCAUGAUACCCAAAGCUGACAUGGUGGAUGGGCUGGAAUUAUGGGUUGAACUAGUGAGCAAGAAGUGCUCUUCCCUUGGCAAUGCUGGUCAUGGUGGCAGGUGUAUAUGCGAACACUUGUAUGAUUAAAAAGUUCGGCUGAAGAUGACUUUGACAGGGCAAUGUGAAGGCAGAUGCCUCAGUUACUGUGGCUCGUACCUCCAAAAGCAGAUUGUCUCUUGCAUCCCUCAGGGAGUAUCCUCAGGCUGUCAAUCAUAACCCUUUUCAUCUACCUAAUUUGAGAUUCUUCUUUUGAUGUGGUUCAGUUGUCGAUUUCAUCAAGUUUUUGUCACAGUCUGUUGUUGCCCAGUUUGCAUUUUACAAUAUGCAGUGACUUGCAAUGUGACUUAAAUGUACAACCAUCCUAAUUUGUGAACCAUUAAUUAUUACUUAGUAGAUAAAAAUGUGAAUCUUAACAAAUAGUGGAACUUUCCUAUGGAUGUACUAACUUUCUCAGCUAUUACUGUUGAUGGGAUAAGUGUUUUUCAGCUUAGCAUGGUUGAAACAUCCAUUAGCCCGUGAGUAAAGUGUCCAUAGAGACUAAGGCAGAUGGUGGAGGAACAACAUCUGUACUUUUUUAUUUGUCCACAAGCCCAAUUGCAUGGUAGAUGAAUGAUGGCCAAGAGGAAGCCAGUCAAAUCGCUAGUAACACUUUAAUUGUAAUCGAGUCCUUGAGAAAAACAGUUGCUGCUGAUAGAAUUAUUCAUGUAAAGCGAAAAAUUGAAGAAAAUAAGCAGAAGCUGAAAGUUUUCACUGAUCGCAUUCACAACUUGUCGAAAUCUAGAAAAUUGCCUAUGGUCAACGCCGUAGACUCCAAUACGGAUUUGUUGACCAAGAGACUAGAAGAUGCAAUGUGUAUGCUAAGUGGCUUAGAUUUAUCUGCUGGGGAAAGGGAACAGAGUCUUUGUGUUGAAGAGAGUCCAAAUGCCUCUCCAGCUAUUGUUUUUGGUAGCAAUUCUAGUGGAAAAAAUGUCUUUCGUCCAAUUAAGUUGCCUGAAGAACAGAAAAUUCCACCUUACACAACAUGGAUGUUUUUGGACAGAAAUCAAAGAAUGACUGAAGAUCAAUCUGUUGUUGGUCGAAGGCGGAUUUACUAUGAUCAAAGUGGCGGUGAGGCUCUUAUUUGUAGCGAUAGUGAAGAAGACACUAUAGAUGAAGAAGAUGACAAGAAAGAGUUUGGUGAUUGUGAAGAUUAUAUUUUGCGAAAAACCAUUGAAGAAGUUGGAUUAUCCGAUACAGUGCUGGAUAUUCUUGCUCAGCAGUUUCAGACAAAUGCUCGUGAAAUAAAGGUAUUGUCAAACUGCAGGGUCAUGAUCAACUUCAAAAUCCAAUUCCUUCAGGCAAGAUAUGAAUUAUUAUUAAAUCAAGACAAAAGUAAACAAUACACCAGUGAGGAACUCAAUGCGCAACGUGAGGAUGCCCUUGCUGGAAAAGAUCUGGAUGCUGCUCUUGACUCUUUUGAUAACCUGUUUUGUCGUCGUUGUCUGGUUUUUGAUUGCCGAUUGCAUGGAUGUUCUCAGGACCUAGUUCUUCCGGCUGAGAAGCAUCCACCUUGGAGCAACACGAAUGAUGAUGAACCUUGUGGCACACAUUGCUAUCGCCUGGCAUUGCAAUUUGGAACUAAUGGUACUGCUAGUGCAUCUGUGGUUGUAUUAGACGAAAAACCGGUCCCUUCAUUCUUUAGUGCUGAUGGUCAGAUGUCCUUCCAAAAAAUAUCUGGUGGUUCGUGUGCUACUAGGAGGUUAAAGUCACGGCAGACUGAUACUGCUUCUUCCACUGCAAAGCAUUUAUUAGCAAGCAGUAGCUUGGAAGCCUGGUCUAGGAAAACCAACACUUUGUUAAACCAUUCUGGAUCUCCUCUAAAAGCUAAGCAGGUUGGAAUAUAUGGAGGGACUUGUAAGAGAAACAAUAAAAGGGCUGCUGAGCGAGUUCUUGUUUGCAUUCGUAAGAAACAAAAGAAAAUGGCGGUUUCGGACUCAAACACUGGUGUAAGUGGCUCUCUUUGGCCAAGGGAUAUGAAACUUCGAUCUAACUCUCGGAAGGAAAUUUCGGAUGCAACAUCAUCCACUCAAAGAUUAUUUUCGAAGUCUCCAAAAUCCAGAAAAUCUCGAAAGCAAUCUUCCCCCAUCCCUUAUGAUGCCAAUUUGGUGGACGAGAAUGUUGAUGAUGAAGUAAAGGACUCAAUGGAUAAGGAAUCAAAGAUGCAUAGCGGACAAGAGAUAUCCCGAGAUGACAGCUGUGCUAAUGCAAAUGUCCUUAAAUGUGAAGUGAGUAAGGACAAUGCUUGGAAGACCAUUGAGAAGUCUUUGUUUGCCAAAGGUGUUGAGAUCUUUGGUAGGAAUAGUACAUCUUGUAGUAUUGGUUCAUUCCAGGCAGUCGCCUUUAGUCUCUGCACCGAGUUUAUUGGCAGAUCACUCUGUCACAUUGCUAGAAAUGUGCUCAAUGGCAUGAAGACAUGUGCUGAAAUUGCCCAAUACAUGAAUUUUAACGAAAUGAAACCCUACCUCGGAGCAGGAGAGGGUGCGAAUUGUCACAAUGAUGCAUGCGGAAUGGCUGAUUGUGAUGAUAUCUUGGGGACCAAACUACGGAGGCGAUCAAGAUUUUUGCGGAGAAGGGGUAGGGUACGUCGCUUGAAGUAUACUUGGAAGUCUGCAGGUCAUCCAGCAAUUAGGAAACGAAUCGCUGAUCGGAAGGACCAGCCAUGUCGGCAAUUCACCCCUUGUAGUUGUCAAUCUUCUUGUGGAAAACAGUGCAGCUGCCUACAAAAUGGAACCUGCUGCGAAAAGUAUUGUGGGUGUCCCAAAACUUGCAAGAAUCGUUUUAGGGGAUGCCAUUGUGCUAAGAGUCAAUGCCGAAGUCGGCAAUGCCCUUGCUUUGCUGCGGACAGAGAAUGUGAUCCUGAUGUUUGUAGAAAUUGCUGGGUUGGCUGUGGGGAUGGGACAAUGGGCGGCCCCAAUCAACGAGGUGAUAACUAUGAGUGUAGAAAUAUGAAGCUCCUCCUCAAACAGCAACAGAGGGUGUUACUUGGAAGAUCAGAUGUUUCUGGCUGGGGUGCUUUCCUAAAGAAUAGUGUGAACAAGCAUGAGUAUUUAGGAGAGUACACUGGAGAGCUGAUUUCACACCGUGAAGCUGAUAAGCGUGGAAAGAUCUAUGACCGUGAGAACUCAUCCUUCCUUUUCAACUUGAAUGAUCAGUUUGUCCUUGAUGCUUACAGGAAAGGUGACAAAUUAAAAUUUGCAAACCACUCCCCAGAUCCGAAUUGCUAUGCCAAGGUUAUCAUGGUAGCGGGUGAUCACAGAGUAGGUAUAUUUGCCAAGGAACGGAUAUGUGCUGGUGAGGAGCUUUUCUAUGAUUACCGUUAUGAGCCGGACCGUGCUCCUGCAUGGGCGAGAAAGCCUGAAGCUUCUAGUUCAAGAAAGGAUGAACUAACUAGUACUCAUGGGCGAGCUAAGAAGCUUGCCUAGGUUUCAAGAUAUAGAAAUUGUAAUCAUUGUUCUUGCUAACUGAGUUGCAUUUAUUUUCUUAUUCAUUCAUUUAAUAGCCAUGCCACUCUUAUGAGAGGUAGUGGUGAUUUUGUCAUUUAGGUCAGGUCUCAAAUGUGCCUAAAAUGCCAUGAGGCAUGCUAAUUCCUAACAAUGAUGUUUACAGGGAUGAAAGAAUCCGUGUAACAAAAACAAAACUGGGAAUCACAUGUGAAACUUUUUGUCCUUUUGAAUUUGAAUUCACUUUAUUUAUGAUUUGAA